CCAGCUAAUGGGAUUCUGAAGCCUAAAAAGGAUCUUAUCCUUAUGAAAGAGAGAAAGAAACAGAAGGCACUGGAGAAGGAGAUUCGUGCGUUACUGAGAGAGCGUGGAGAGCAGGAUAAAAAACUUCAGGCUCUGGAUGAGGAUUUUGUUAAGAUUGAAGCAAAGCUGAGUGCUGCGGUCCAGGAGAAAACAUCUCUGCUGGCAAAUGUUGCAUGCCUGAAGAAACAGCUUCUGGAGUUAACAAGAGCCAAUGAACUACUCAAGUCAAAGAUGUCUGAAGAUGGUGUGCAGAAGAAAAUGAGCAGUCUGUGCCUGGAGUUAAUGAAGCUCAGAAAGAAGAGGGAUGCCAAGGAGAAGACUGCACUUGCCAAGCAGGAAGAUAUGGAAAUGAAGCUGCAGAAAGCGCAGAGGAAUCUAGAGCAUUCAAAAGGAAAAGUAGCACAGUUAGAAGAAAAACUGUCAGCUACUGAGAGAGAGAAAGUUGAAGAGAAGUCUGACACUGAGAAACUGCUGGAAUAUAUCACAGAGCUCAGCAGUGUUGCAGAAACAGUUGAGAAAUACAAACUAGAUGUUGCCCGCAUGGAGGAGACAGUGAUAAAGAAAGACCAAGAUAUGGAGAUCCUGAGGGAUACUCUCAGAACAAAAGAGGAGGAAUCAUUUAAGCUGAUAAAAGAACUUAAUGAAAGGUGUCAAUUGCUUCAAGAAGAAAAAGAGAAGGAGUUGUCUGAGACCAAAGGAAAGCUCCUGAGUAUGAGUGCUGAAAUAGAAGACCUGAAAAAAAAAAUGAGUUUAGAAGAACAAGAACACCAAAAACUGCUUGAGAAACACGAGGAGGUGGUUUCUCAGCUACAGCAAGAAAAGGAGUCUUCUGCAUCGAUGCACCAGAAGUUGCAAGAGUUUCAAGAUGAGGUAACGAGUGAGAGACGUCUUCUUGAAGAAGAGCUGAAUGGUGCAAUGAAGGAGCUGAAUAAAUUACAUGCAAAGGAGAAGAAAGCUGAAAAGCUGGUGAGGCAUUUGGAACAAGAAAUCAAAUCUCAAGCUCUUCAACUUGCAGAGAUGGAAGUGAAGUUGAAAGGGAAGAACGCCGAGUUGGAGGAAAUCAAUGAAAUGCACAGCAAAGCUCUCUUCCAAAUCCAAGAAGAGCACAGCAAUACAUUGUGUAAACUUGGAACAACUGUUGCUGAAUUUGAAAGCUACAAGAAUGCAGUAGCUGAGGAAAUACACGAUCUUAAACUGGAGAAUACCUCUCUGCAAGAGGAAAUUGCCAACCUAAAAAAACCAGGCCAAGAUAAUCUACAGCUGCUUCAUGAAGCCGAACAUGCUAAAACCAAAGCAAAAGAAGAAUGUGCAAGGAUGCUUUUAGAAGUGCAGACAAAGCUUGCACUAAAAGAAGCAGAAAUGGCGAGAACAAAAGAGUCUUGCCUCGCAGAAGUGACUAAACUUCAGGAAGAACUGGAAGAGCAAACUCAGGAUCUGAAAAGAAAACUCGACGUGGAAAGAUCAAGGAAAACCAUAGAUGAAGAUAUGGCCUCUAGCUUAAAAGAAGAGAUAAAGACCUGGCGUAAUCGAUAUGAAGACCUACAUAACAAAACUAAGCCUUUUCAGCAACAGCUAGACGCAUUUGAAGCAGAGAAGAAUGUGCUCUUAAAUGAGCACAGCGCAACCCAAGAAGAACUGAAUAAACUAAGUGAUGCAUAUGCUAAACUACUUGGCCACCAGAAUCAAAAGCAAAAAAUCAAGCAUGUUAUGAAGUUGAAGGAAGAGAAUAUUCACCUGAAGCAGGAUGUGUCAAAGCUGCAUGCAUUGCUAGCCAAAGAGAAGCAAACCAGCAGAGAUCUUCAGGAGCAACUACAUGCGAUCCAGGGCGUUAGGCGUUUCCAUCCUUCCAAAGCUUUCCAGCAUGACAGCAAGGAAAAUAUUGCUCCGAAAACUCCUCUUAAAGAAGGCAAUAAAAACAAAAUUUAA